UUACAUGCGUGACGCUGGGGCGGCAGAGCGCGGCGCCGCGGAACUGCCAUUAAGAUGGAAGGUUUAUCAGCUGUCAUGUCGAAGCUAUGUAGCUGCUGCUGCUGCUGCUUGUUGACAGCUGGCGAAAGUGAGCUUAGUUGUCAGUUGACAAUUGUCACCGAGCGGACACUAUUAACACAUCGAGAUCAUGUGGUGCACGCGGCAACUAGCAUCGGCCAGAUUCCUGGGACGUUGUUUCAGCGCAGCGAGCGAACAAACGCGUCUGGGCAUCAUCGGCGUGCCCUUUGCCAAGGGACAGUCGAAGCAGGGCGUGGAGCUGGCGCCCGAUCUGCUGCGCCAGAGCAACCUGCGCCAGGUGCUGCAGAGCAGCGACGAGCGCCUGCUCAUCACUGACUAUGGGAACCUGCAUUACGCCGUCGACGAGACGUUGCUGCAGCAGCAGCGCCAGCAUUACUACCACAUACGCAACUAUGCGGACUUUAUGGCCUGCAAUUUGGCCUUGAUCGGCCAGGUGCAAGUGAUGCUGCAGCAGAACGCGCAGUUUUUGACAAUUGGCGGCGAUCAUGCCAUCGGCUUUGGGUCCGUGGCGGGUCAUUUGCAGCACACACCGAAUCUGUCGCUGGUCUGGAUCGAUGCGCAUGCGGAUAUCAAUUUGCAUAGCACCUCGCAGUCGGGCAAUAUACAUGGCAUGCCCGUUUCAUUCCUGCUGCAGCAGCUGCGCGCCACCUGGCAGCACGCGGCUCUCGACCAGGUAGCGCCCAAUUGUUUGCCGAAGGAUCAAUUGGUUUACAUUGGCUUGAGGGACAUUGACCCCUACGAGGCGUUCAUAUUGAAUAAAUUUGGAAUACGCUACUAUGCCAUGGAUUCGAUCGAUCGCAUGGGCGUGCCAAAGAUCAUUGAGAUGACGCUGGACGCGAUGGAUCCGCAUAACAAAAUCCAUGUGAGCUUCGACAUCGAUGCGCUGGACAGCAACGUGGCCCCGAGCACGGGCACCGCCGUUCGCGGCGGACUAACGUUGCGCGAGGGCAUCAGCAUUGUGGAGGCGUUGCGCGACACCAAGCGUGUCCAGGGCAUGGAUCUGGUGGAGAUCAAUCCGAAACUGGGCACCGAUCGAGACGUGCGCACAACUGUUGACUCGGCCCUCGAGAUACUGAAGAGCAUGUUCGGCUAUAGACGAUCGGGUGCGCGACACUACAGCAACCUGGACACGGGCAUACUGGGACACGAGCAGUAAAC